UUCGCGGUUAUCACAGAUUCCAACCCCCACCUAACUUUGAGUUUCCUGGGUUUGAUCGUCGUCAAAACUUGGGUUCAUUUCAGCUGCUCUGGAAUCGGAGCAGAACUGAUCGACCAUGUCUCCAAUCAAAUCCAAAAUGGGAUGAACAGAGCAAAGAACAUAUGGUCCCGCCUUCCCAACUCCGAUGAACAUGAGGACGACCAUGUUAGUUUCUGGAAGAAGAAUGAUGGGUGUGGCGUCGAGAGCCUUGAUUAUGAGGUUAUCGAGAAUUAUGCUUACUGGGAUGACCAGGCGCAAAGAGGGAAAUUGUUUGUUGGCUAUAGUGUGGCGGUUAAGUGGCUGUAUGCGUUGCUCAUUGGCAUUGGAAUUGACAUUCAUGGUGUCCUGUUCUUAAGAACCCUAAUUGGAAAGAUAUUUGGAAGCAUUGGCUCUGUGGGAGGUGGAUUGGCUUUAGGCAAGGAAGGGCCUCUUGUUCAUACUGGCGCUUGUAUUGCUUCUUUGUUAGGACAAGUUGUUGGCGAUGUCUUCAAUGAAGGCUUAUAUGAAGAGCAGGCUCAACUGAAGGGUAUUCCAUUACUGGAAUCAAUACCAAAGUACCAGAUGCGGAAAAUUACAGCAAAAGAGGCUUGUGGAAAAAGGGUUGUCUCCUUCCCCCGUGUCGUUAAGGUUGCUGACGUUGUUAGUAUUUUAUGGAGCAACCGACAUAAUGGCUUUCCAGUGAUUGAUUACUCUAGAAAUGGAGAAACACGUGUCGUUGGACUGAUGCUUAGAAGGUAUAGUGUGAAGGACAACCCACCUUUUGUUUGGGGGUGGGCUAGGAUCCUAACGAUAUCUUUGUCGAUGCAUCUGCAGUCUAAAGUAGAUUUUCAGCAUAGUUCUUUGCCUUCAGAUCCAAAAGGAUCCAUACAAAGCAGGCACAAUUUCAGUGAAUUUGUGAAGCCUGCUUCCAGUAAAGGCAUUUCCAUUGAUGAUAUUCAUCUUAGUUCAGAAGACUCGGAAAUGUAUAUCGAUCUGCUUCCUUACCUGAACCCAUCUCCAUAUAUUGUCCCAGAAGAUAUGUCUUUGACAAAGGUGUAUAAUCUUUUCCGACAACUAGGUUUGAGACACGUGUUUGUUGUCCCCCGACCAUCGAAUGUGGUCGGUUUGAUAACUCGAAAGGAUUUGUUGAUGGAGGAUAGCGAAGAUUCGGAUGCGACGGAGCUACAAUCGACGAGUGUAAGAGCUCAUCGUCCAGAUAGAAGAAUACAUACCCAUAGGGACGUGGAGAGGCCACUUCUGAAUGGACUUCUGGUGAACAACACAGACAACUGAUAAGAAUCAUAAAGCAGCUCUGCUAUUACUUUAUGCUUAUCUCCAUCUUCCCAUUAGCUACCUGCAACAUUGUAUUGUAUC